AUGUCCUACUCCUCCACCUCUUCAACAUUCAACGUUCAACACCCAGUUCCGACUCACCUGGCCUUUAUACCAGAACCACCUUCAAUGCCAGUCUCACCUCAAGAUUACCAACAUUUUAUUAGCUCACUACCAUUAAACCAACAAUAUGCCACACGCACUCAAUACCAUCCUCCAUUUCCACUAAUCUUGAGUCCUCAACUCCAACACAUUCCCGACUUUUGGAGCAUGAAUGACACUACCGCUCAGUUCUCGAUGCAUUUAGGUCAAACAGCUGUUGCUGUGGGGCAUGACUAUGUCCACAAAAAUUUUGCCAGUAUAAUAUCAGUCAAUGUCCUAAAACACCACUUCAAUGUCUCAAACUCCUAUGUAAUGUACAAACUCCGGCUCCUCAUAUUUCCUUGGCACCACAAACCUUGGACACAAAAAGUCCGUCGCACAGAGGCUGGUCACACAGAGUGGCAACCUCCUUGCGAUGAUAUUAACAGUACAGACCUUUACAUACCCCAUGCUGCAACACGCACUCUCGUCAUCAUCCUAAUCGACUUUCUCUUCGUCCAAUGUGGCUGCUACCUUCUCAAUGUCCAAGGCACGGGUCAAGUAGUGGAUUUGAUUGCUUAUGGCAAAUACAAGUUUCACACUCUCAUAUUUGUCUAUGCAUUUGCUGCAAACACCUUAUUCAUACUCUGCUCCCUUCGCUUAGUGGUCCUUCCCGACUCGCCCGUCAAUGUAGGCACUGUCAACCUCACAUCUAGAAAACACUGCAUCACGUUCUUAUUCCUGAGGGUUGUUUUGCAGGUUAUCUAUAUGGGUAUUUUGGUAAGACUUUGA